AUGCGAUUGCAGACUCGCUGGGGUGCGAACGAGAGUUGGAUGGAGCAGGCGACCGAGAUCGCCAUGCCCAACAGCGCCCGCACCAUGCCCAACAGCGCUCGAGACGGCGCUAGCUGGAACCAGUCCGACGAGUUCAGGAAGCUCCACAGUUGGCUGCGGGACCAGCGGCAGAAUCACAUCGACGAGAGGUAUCCCGAGCUCGGCGAGGAGCUCGACAGUUUGAUGAAACCCGGCCAGAAGACGAGCGUCCAGAAGCGCGAAGGCCCCCAGAGCGGUCCGAGCGGUGGCCACGUCGGGCCCAGCAGCAGCGGCAAGAAGACCCGGCGCAAGGGCCACGCGUCCUCCAAGAAGGGCGCCAAGCUCAGGCUGCUGUCGCCGCAGGUGCAGUAUUCGAAGCCCUCGCCCGAGUUCCUGGCAGUAAAAGCCUGGGUGGUGGAGGAGCAGAUUCGCACCGGGCGCUCGAACUUCGGCGUGGUCACUGGCGCGCCGCCGCCGAGGGCGGGCCUCGCGCAGACGCCGACUGGGAGUCUCACGAAGACGCCGCUCGGGACCGCGCGCAGCAUCGGGAGCAUGAUCAGCAGCUGCAGCAGCGACAGCGGGGACUGUAUGCCCACGACCGACAAGAUUGGCCAGACCACCCCGCUCGUCUCCAAGAGUGCCCAGGCGGCGCAGAGCAUCCCGGUGCUCCCCCUCGCCACGGCCACGGCGAACCUCUGAUCUGCAUCCCGAGCCACCCCAGAGUCCAGAGGAGGAAAAGGCUCAG